ACGGGGCGGGGCCAUUUGUGCGCUCGCUCCGCUCAGCCCGGGCUGCGGAGCUUGCGGGGCCGGUGAUGCACCACCACCAGCAGCGCUGCGGAAAGUUCGGACCAACGCGCAUCAGACCGGGGGAGGGACGGGCUAGAGGCCGCGGGUGAGUUCCUGGCGCGGCGGGGUCUCGAGCUGUUGAAGGUCACUGUCUUGGUCACCAGCCUGCCUCCCUUCUCUUGGCCUGGAGCUCUGGGAGGGCAGGGGCUGUCCCCCUCCUGAGCUGGACCUGGGACUGGUGCUGCUCACCUCCCCACCACCACACUGUCGCUGGCCUCCAGUCAUGGCGCCCCUGCUGGUGCUGUUCCUGGCCGCCCUGGUGGGCCUGCCUCUAGCCCAGGCUCUGGACUGCCAUGUGUGCGCCUACAAUGGAGACAAUUGCUUCAACCCCAUGCGCUGCCCGGCCAUGGUCACCUACUGCAUGACUACACGUACCUAUUACACCCCGUACAAGAUGAAGGUCAGCAAGUCCUGUGUGCCCAGAUGCUUUGAGACUGUGUAUGACGGCUACUCCAAGCACGCGUCCACCACCUCCUGCUGCCAGUAUGACCUCUGUAAUGGUGCUGGCUUGGCUGCCCCAGGGACCCUGGCCCUGGCCCCCAUUCUCCUGGCCACCCUCUGGGCCCUGCUCUAAAGCCCUGGUCCCCUGGCAAACCCACUCGAGGACAGAGCUCUCAAGAGACAGCUGCACGCUCUCACAUGGUGUCCCCACCUGACAUUCUGCCUCCCAAGACCCCCUCAGCCACACCCAGAUGCAGAGCUGUCUGCAGAGGGACUCCUGGCCUCCCACCGCCCACAAGGCCUCCCUCUGAGGCCUUGGGCUUUCAUUUUUAAACAGCUGCUGUGUGGGACUGGACCUCCCAUGGGUGCCUGGCCUUGGUGGGCAGGCUGGGCCCUGCCUCAGUCCAGGGACAGAGAUCUGGGAAAGUGCUAUUUAUGGGGAGAUCCAUCAGCUGAGAAGCACUGAUUUGAUGGGAGUAGGGCCAGACUCCACCCUGCCUGCAGCAGCUGGUGGGUGUGCUGGAGCGGGAGGGAGACAGGAACCCACUG